GUUUUGACCCACUGACAUGUAAAUUGACUUUUUGAUUUUCAACAUUACCCCGUCCCCCUGCAACAUCACAAUUGUAUUUUCUACAAAUUUCUUCCACGAAAUGGCCGACAUACCGCGGCUCCGCUUGGGAAUUCCGUUCCUGACUGCCACUUAGCGCCACCUGAAUUUGAAGUCUGAAAACGUCGGUCUGUCGCUGACCUCCCCGAACGCAGCGGCGAGGUCAUCGUUGCAGAAAAGAAUUGCGUUGGAACACUCGGAGGCAUUCCUUUUUCUCUGCCCCUUACUAUAUGUCGCAGCCAUAGACAUGAACACAUAAAACAAAUCAUCUGAGUCAUCACGGGAUCAUUUUCCGUAGAUUGGUUGGGAGUCACAGGUAUACGACAGAUUUACAGUAACGAGGUUUUUUGCGCGUACUUCGUUACUUGGCACAGUUGGUGCGUGUCGGCUUUUGUGGUGGUGAUGACUGCGCGUGGGCGUGGGCUCCUCUCAGCAUCAUCAUCAUCACCACCACAGCAACAGCCUCCUCCUCCUCCUCCUCAGCAGCAGCAGCACCAGCACCAUCCUCAUCCUCCGAAGAGCGAGAGGCGCGUCUGUGAACUUUUCCCACCAAAGCCAAGCAUCCCCCCAUAAGAUGGAGGACGGCUACCAGAACCGGACAGCCUUCAUCAAAGGCGCCAAAGACAUCGCCAAAGAAGUUAAGCGGCAGGCGUCCAAGAAGGUUGCCCGCAGCGUCGACCGCGUCAACGACGAGUACAGCCGCCGCUCCUACAGCCGCUUCGAGGAGGACGACGACGACGACUACCCGGCGCAGGACGGCGGCGGCGGGGGCGGCGGCGGCUACUACCGCGGCGACAGCCAGGCGGCCAACGACGACGACGAGGGCGGGCACAGCGACUCCACCGAGGGCCACGACGAGGACGACGAGAUCUACGAGGGCGAGUACCAGGGCAUCCCCCGGGCCGAGUCGGGCAAGGGCAGCCUGGCCGGCGGGCCCGGCUCGGUCCCGCAGCCGUUCCGAGACGUGGCGGCGUCCGAGGCGGAGAGGCGGAAAGACCAGGAGGAGCUGGCGCAGCAGUACGAGAGCAUCCUGCAGGAGUGCGGCCACGGAAAGUUCCAGUGGACGCUCUACUUCGUGCUGGGCUUGGCGCUCAUGGCCGACGGCGUGGAGAUCUUCGUGGUGGGCUUCGUCCUGCCCAGCGCCGAGAGGGACAUGUGUCUGUCGGAGCCCAACAAGAGCAUGCUGGGUCUGAUCGUGUACUUCGGGAUGAUGGUGGGGGCGUUCCUGUGGGGCGCCAUGGCCGACCGGAUCGGCCGCCGCCAGUCUCUCCUCAUCUCGCUGUCCAUCAACAGCAUCUUCUCCUUCUUCUCUUCCUUCGUGCAGGGAUACAGCACCUUCCUCUUCUGCAGGCUCCUCUCGGGCGUCGGGAUCGGAGGCUCCAUUCCCAUCGUGUUCUCGUACUACUCGGAGUUCCUGUCGCAGGAGAAGCGAGGCGAGCACCUCAGCUGGCUCUGCAUGUUCUGGAUGAUCGGCGGCAUCUACGCCUCGGCCAUGGCGUGGGCCAUCAUCCCCCAUUACGGUGAGUCGCAAAAUCCCCGCUGGGCGUGCGACCUCUAUCGAAGCGUCUCCUCUAUUCCGCCAGGGUGGAGUUUCCAAAUGGGCUCGGCCUACCAGUUCCACAGCUGGCGCGUCUUCGUGCUGGUGUGCGCCUUCCCCUCGGUGGCCGCCAUCGCCGCCCUCAACGCCGUGCCCGAGAGCCCCCGCUUCUACCUGGAGAACGGCAAACACGACGAAGGCUGGAUGAUCCUCAAGCAAGUCCACGACACCAACAUGCGAGCCAAGGGACACCCGGAAAAAGUCUUCACCGUGACCACCAUCAAGACGGUGAAGCAGAUGGACGAGCUGGCGGACAGCGGCACCGACACGCCCGUCUGGCAGCGCUACCGCCUCAAGAUCACGAGCCUCUCCCGACAGAUCCGGAAUAACGUUCUGGCCUGCUUCAGCCCGGAAUACAAGCGGACCACUUUCAUGCUCAUGGCUGUUUGGUUCACCAUGUCGUUCAGCUACUACGGCCUGACUGUUUGGUUCCCGGACAUGAUCAAGUACAUCCAGAAGCAGGAGUACGAGUCGCACACCAAGACCUACAGCAAGGAACGCGUGGAGCACGUCACUUUCAACUUCACGCUGGAGAACCAGGUGCACCGUCAAGGCUACUACUUCAACGACAAGUUCCUCAGCAUGAAGAUGAAGUCGAUGGUGUUCGAGGACUCGGUGUUCGAGGAGUGCUACUUCGAGGACAUCACGUCCACGCACACCGUCUUCCGCAACUGCACCUUCAUCGCUAGCUUGUUUUACAACACAGACUUGUUCAAGUACAGGUUUGUGGACUCCAAGUUGGUGAACAGCACGUUCCUGCACAACAAGGAGGGCUGCAUGCUGGACUUCAGCGACGACUUCAACAACGCCUACAUGAUCUACUUCGUCAACUUCCUGGGAACGCUGGCCGUGUUGCCCGGCAACAUCGUGUCCGCUCUGCUCAUGGACAAAAUCGGCCGUUUGAGAAUGCUGGCGGGGUCCAGCGUCAUCUCGUGCGUCAGCUGCUUCUUCCUGAUGUUCGGCAACAGCGAGUCGGGCAUGAUCGCCCUCCUGUGUCUCUUCGGCGGCAUCAGUAUCGCUUCCUGGAACGCCCUGGACGUCAUCACCGUGGAGCUCUACCCGUCUGAUAAAAGGACCACAGCCUUCGGCUUCCUGAACGCCCUGUGCAAGCUCGCAGCCGUGCUGGGCAUCAGCAUCUUCCAGUCUUUCGUGGGCAUCACCAAGGCCGUGCCCAUCCUGUUUGCCGCCGGCGCACUGGCCGCAGGUAGCUUCCUCGCCACAAAGUUGCCCGAAACUCGAGGCCAGGUGCUGCAGUAGUAACCCGUAGCACCAGCGGGGUGGGGGCGGCGCCUGGCUAGCCGGGCGGUGCAGGGCAGAGUCCGAGCGCCGUCUGUUACAGACUACAUCGCCAUUUUUUGGGGAAGUCCCAGAAUCCUCCGCAAUGUGGAUGAUAUCAUCUUCUUUGGGGGGAUGCGUAAUGACCUUUGGGGACUCCCAUUUGUUUUAUGGUGCAGGCGAUUCUGUUGCAUGUGUGUGUGUGUGUGUGUGUGUGUGCGUGUGUGUGUGUGGGUGUGGGGGGGGGGGGGUCGAAACUUGUGUCAUUCCAUGACUUUUUCUUAACUCAAAAUACAGCCGAUUGGUUCUGAAGAGCAGAAUGUACAGAGGGUAGGCAGAGUUUACAUCAUUAAACAUCAACUCACAAGUUCAGGAGAGUGCUUUCAUUUAUCAUUUUAGAGCACCAGUGGAUUUGCACAAAAUGGUUGCUUCGAUCCAAAACGGCUGACUUCCACUUCAAUUUCAGACAUGCGUCGUUGCAACUUUGUUGUGUGUCCUGUCGUGAUAGAAGUGUCCGCCGAAUUUUGUGUCGAUCGGUGUAACUGGAGUUGGGAGCUAAUUUUUUCUAACCUUCCAGGAGGUACUAAUGACUCAAUUUUGGGGUGCAGCAUUCGGGAUACAAGCACCUUUUGAUGGCCUCAGCAUACCUUAAAAAAAAUGACAUUUUCGCAAGCAUCUUGGUGAAAAGUUGCGAUUAAAGGGUUCGCAAUACGGCCCCACUAAAAUUACUCAGUAGCUCCCCCUGGCAACUUCCUGUUCAAUUGCAGACGUGGGUCCUUUUUCAUGCAUCCUGUCAUAAUAGACAUGUCUGCCAGAUUUCAUGUACAUCGAUGAAACUAGUAUCGGGGGCUACAUUUUUCCGAACUGUUUGCGUAUUAUAGUGGUUCCCCCCUAAAAUCACUCACUACCAACCCCUAGAAAAUUAGAAUACAUUUGUCCCCGACAACAGUUUUACCGAUCGACACGGAAUUUGGCAAACUUGUCCAUGGUAACAGGACGCAUGAAAAAAUGUGAGGCACCCAUGACAGAAAUUCAACAAGUCAGCCAUUUUGAUUUGAGGCAGCCAUUUUUUUUUGGGGACAAAAUCCAGGGCUGGAAAUUUUGUGAACUCCUCCGAGGGAAUCCCCAACUGAAUGUCCUCACCUCUGUUUCGCUUAUUUCUCAUAUAUGAUACUCAUAAGCACAAAAAAAGACCCUAAAAAAUAUUGCUGCAUGAGAAUGACUGAUUACAUAAAUGAUAAUAAGGCUCAAUAUGUGACAAAAAAAAUUCACUAAAACUAAGAAAAUGAACAUUAUUGUUUCCCCAAAAGUUAACAUCCAGUUUGUAUGCAGACAAUCAACGAAUGAAGAUUUAAUUUUACAUGCAUCCUUGUAGCUACGCUCUUAUUUGUUUCGCCUUGCCUAAACAUCAGUUAGCCUAGCUUAGCUUAGUUGAGCAUAAACAGUAGGAAAAUAGCUAGCUUGCAUAAUUGUUUUAAAAUCCAAAAAACAUCACGUUAUAUCUAUAUUUGAAGUUAUUAAACAUUUUUCAUUUAAAUCGCUUUUUUAACUGCUAAGUUCAAAUAAAUAACCAGUUUUGUUCACAUUUGAGAGACACUUUACACAAAAGUCUGUUUACAUUGUUGAACUGCAGCUUAGCAGUUAGCCUAGCAUUAAAAUAAAAUCAAUAUCUGUGGACAAUAGCUAGGUUUAAAUGAAAGAAAACAAAAGACAACUUACAUGUGCUUACAUUUUCAAAAGAUGUGAGAAAAUAACUGUCAUUGAACCCACCAUGGAAAUUUCAACAUAUUUGACGACUGACAUUUCCUGUUUUGGGUUUUUAUGCUAAGCUAACAACUCAAAUGAGAGUACCUCCCCCCCAAAAAACACUGUAAUGUGACCAGUUUUGUCUACGUUUGAGAGCCAGUUUGCACAAAAGUAAGUGUGUUUACUUUACUAAUGUACAACUUAGCAGGUAGCUUAGCAUAAACGUUAAGUAAAUAUUGGUGGAAAACAAUGACCUUUAAGUUUAAAAAAAAAAGUUUCCUAUUUUGUUUUGGUUUUAAUGCUAAGCUAAGCUAACAACUCAAAUCAGAGCAUUUCCACCCCUCAAAAACCAAUAUUGUCCACGUUUGAGAGAAACAAGUGUGUUAGUGUUAAAAAAAAAAUAGAUCCGCCGCAUAUUUUUCGACUAUCCUAGAGAAGGAGGGGGAACACCACCUCACAUAUAUCCAGUGUUGCAUUGAACAUAAUAAACCUGGGUGCUCUUUUUGCGAGUACAUUUUUUUUCCCAAUGACUUUGGAAGCAAACAAAAAAAGAGGUUGAAAAAAAAAAAAAGGACGACUCAAUCCGCCGAGCGAUCGUGACGCAUGUUCGUGUUGUGUUGUCUGACAUUUUUGGACGUCCUUUGUGUGCCGGCCGUUUGUGUCUUUAAAAACGCAAAAAGUAGCGUUUUUAGCGUUUUUGUUAUUUUUUAUUGUCCGAUACGCCAACAGUGACUACGUCGGUAUGUUGCUUGCAGUGAUUGUUCUUGAUCAAAGUGGGGUUUUUACAUUGGUGUUCAGAAAGUGGUGGCUGUGCUCCUUGUUUGACCCGGUUUAUUUAUUUAUUUUUGCUGUUUUUAAAAAAAAAUUAAAAUAUGAUUUAAAUAUAUUUUUUAAAUAUUGAAAAUAUAUGUAUUAUAUAUAUAUAAAUAUAUUUGACAAAUAUUUUAAAUGUUUUAAAAUAAAUAUAUAUUGCAAAUGUAUUUAAAAUGUAUUUAUAAUAUGUUUUCAAUACAUACAGUAAAUAUAGUCCCAAAUGUUUAAAAGGCAUUUUAAAUAUAUACAAAUAUGUCAGGGAUAUUUUAAAUAUUUCUCGAAUAUAUGUACAAUUCCUAAAAAUAUUUAAAAUGUGUUUUAAAUAUAUGACUACAUUUUACAAAUAUUUAAAAUGUGUUUUAAAUACAUAUAGUUAUAAUAUAUUCAAAAUGUGUUUUUGAUUGAUACAUUUAUUUUAGAAAUAUUUCAAAUGUUUUCAAUGAAAAUUCAUUUGAAAUAUUUGGAUAUAUUUAAAACCAUUUAAAUAUAAUUUAAUAUUUGUCUCGCUAUAUAUGUAUAUCUAAAAUAUAUGUAUACAUUCAAAAGAUAUUUUGAAUAUUUUAAAAAUAUAGUUUAACGUAUUGAAAACGUUUUGAUCAUAUUACAGUUUAUAUAUUUACAAUGUGUUUUCAUAUAUAUAUUUUUCAGAUAUUUCAAAUGUGUUUUAAAUGGGAGAUUCUUUUGUGUUGAAUAUAUACAUUCAAAAUAUGUUUUGAAUGUGUUUGUUUUAGAAAUAUUUUAAAUAUCUCUAUACCAUAUACAUAUAUUUAAGAUAUUUGUAUAUAUUUAAAAUGCUUUCAAUAUAUUUAAAUAUUUCCCCCUGAACAUAUUUAAAAUAUAUUCAUAUUAAAUAUUUUCAAUAUUUCUCAAAUAUAGUUAUACAUUUUGAAUGUACUUUAAAUAUAUAUACAUAUUUCAAAUAUAUGUAAAUAUGUUUAAGAUAUAUAUCUAUACAUACAAAUUGUCAAAAAGGAUGCUAAUGUCGUAGCUAUGUGAGAAGGAAUGGCAAUAAAUGUGCAUGGAUGAUGGAAGUACGCAGCUUGUCCAGGUCGGCCAUCUUAGAUUGGGGCAAAGAGAAGCCUUUCCUGCUCAAAUUGAGUGCCCUCAAAAGGUUCGAUUAUUUAAUGUUACAAAGUGUAGAGUUAUAAAAAUAUACAUGCACUACAUAUAUUGUCUAUGUAAGGCCUUAUUAAAUGGAUCCCUAUAGUUGAAAUGAAACCUGUCUUUUGGUUUCCUGAAGACAAAAAAUGAUUGGAUUACUUUUUAUUUUCCCUCCUUAAUGGACACAAGGACAUUCCUGAUGCCAGAAAAUGACAAAAAAAGCUGCAAGAAUGCAUUACAGUUCGAUGGUUGUUUUGAGUUUGCCUUGUUUAUAUGAACAGAAACUACUCAAAUUGUGAGUUAAAGUCCAAGAAUCAAUGUAUCGUGUAAAAAAAAUUAAAAAAAAAAAUUAAAAAAAAAUUGAUGUUUGUAUGUGCAAAUAUGGAAUUUGUGGAACAUUCAGGAAAAUUAUUUGGGAAAAAAUCUGUACAAAUGUUUUACGGCGUGUUGUCUUUGUUUUGUAAAAAUGACAAACUGCUUCUUCUUGGUGACUUCAGUAUUUGAAUAUAUUGGUGAUGCUGACAUGAAAAAAAUGUGAUGUCAUUCUUUUGUGAGAGUUGUUCCGUCAGAAGACAUUCACCCGGCAAAUAAAACUCGGACAAAAGGAA